GCGGCGAUCGUGCCGUGGGCCGAGAUAGGUUUCGGUAUAGUAAUAAUAAUAUUACCAUUUACCAUUUAUCAUUAUUAUUAUUAUUAUUACAACAGUCUCGUAGUUCGUACGCGCUGCUGUUCUAGUUGCUCUAGUGCACUGCGUUUCGCCGAUCUCGCUGGUGUUUACCCGUCCUGUUGACUGUACGCCGUCGCACGCAAUAAUUCGACAAUAUUUCUGUAUUGGAUUUAUAUUCCGUUUUUUUUGCCGACGUUGUUGUCUUGUUUCACGCGCGUCCCAUGAGACGAACGCCACUGCCGUCGCUGUCGAUCGUCCACUCCGCCACCGUGAAACGACCUCCGAGUUAUUGAGGAUCGGCUGUAGCGCCGCGGGGACGAUGGACGCUAUGAACCGCUGUCCAGUGAUGAACCCGGAGUACGACGUCGAGCGGCGGUCCCGGUGCCCGGCGGCGGCACUCAAGCCGUCGCCCGACACCAACGAUCUGCACGCUUGCGAACGAAUCGUCGUCAUGUUCGUACAGCUUAAGAAUUACCUGGGCUCAUAUUGGCUGGUCCCGUGGUUUUUCGUCUACAUCUAUCCUAGCAUACUUGUCUACGAAUCUUACGGUUUUAUUGGUCCCUUUGUUUAUUGCAACAUUAUUCAGAUACUAUUUUUUAUUGUAUUUGAAUUUUGGGAUGAAACUUUUAAUUGGACACCAUUACAUGAUACUAUAAGAACAUAUUCAUCACAAAUUCUUGGACAUCAACACAUAACAAAAAGUGUUGAUGAAAUGAUUUUGUUUUGUAUUUGGGUUUUAUCUUGGGCUGCAGUCCCUUUUAUAUGUUAUGCAAAUGAACAUAUAUUUGAAUUACCCAUUGAUCGUCUGGAACGGUUAACUUCAUAUGUAUCCAUGAUGACUGUUACAUUUGUAAUGGCUUAUAUUAUAAUUUUACUUUGGAUUGACAUGAAUUUGUUAGAAGUAAAAUCAAAUAUAAAUGAGCAAAAUACAAAUUCAAAAGUGUCAUCAUAUAGUUAUGAAUUUAUGGAUGAUUUAAUUGAACCUGAUGACAUCCCCGAUUUGGAAACUGUGUUUGAAGACAUCUCUAUUACUAAUGAGUUCAAAAUUGAUAAAUCAUUUAUGGAUUUUUCAGAAGCAGUAAAUGAAAAUAUUACUGAAAGUGAAGAGUUUCGUAACUGUACAACAGUUGAACAAGGAGAAGAAGCUAAAGAACAAGAUUUGGAUGUUAUAUCCUUAUCAUCUAGCACAUUAAGUGACUUUGAUGUAAUAACUGAAGAGGAAAUAGAUUUACUUAAGUAGUGUAUAAUUUUUUUUCUUGAAAAUAUUUCAUAGUAUAGAAAUAUUGCUUUUUGUAAGUAAAUAAAUAAUAAUAAAAAAAUAAUAAUAAUAUUUUGGUAAUUAAAUCUUAGACGAGAAUAAUUUCUCUUUAGACAUUUAAUCUAUUUUAUUGAAGCUUAUGACAUGUAUUC